AUGUCGCGAACAGAAACCACAAACACCACCACUCUCUCCGUCCUCGCCGACUACGAACUCCACCACAGCGGCAGCGAGCCUUCUCCCAACACCAGCCAGAACACCACAUCCCCAUCUCCCACUCAACAACAACCCGCAAACUGGCCCACUAAUCAUCGUCGUGUUCCGCCUUAUCGUCCCGCGAAUCGCAGCCUUAGCUUCGAGGAGCGCGCGGCGGGGUCCAACCUGCCAGAGUUCAUCUUCAUUCAGUCGAUGUUACAUGGGUGCUGGUUGAAUGCGUCUGUUGCUCGGCUAUGGAGAUUCACUGGAGGAAGGAUUAAUGAUCGGAUAUUCCACUAUGAGAUUGGAGGAGAAUACUAG